GUAUUUGUCAAUGUUAGUUUGUGAUGUUUUUACACUACUUUAAGCUGCCGCACCUAUUGUAGUGUUUAUGAUAAAUUUUCUUUAUUUAAUUUUAAUUAAACAAUAAUAAUUACUAUAUAAUCUCCUCACUUUAUAAUUAAUCGCAUGCUUUAUUAACUUUUAUCGGCUAUAUGGUAGUUUUCAGUUAUCCCUAAGAUAUAAAAUAAUAAUUAUCAGUUAUGGCUGGAAAUGAGAGAGUGUCUCUAAAUGAUGCGUUAUCAAAUGUGGAAGUCUUGGAUGAACUUCCUUUGCCAGAUGAACAACCUUGCAUCGAAGCACAACCAUGUUCUGUAGUGUAUCAGGCAAACUUUGAUACCAAUUUUGAAGAUAGAAAUGGGUUUGUUACUGGUAUAGCUAAGUACAUAGAAGAAGCUACUGUACAUGCAAGCUUGAAUGAAUUAUUAGAUGAAGGGCAAGAACAUGCUGUCAUGUUAUAUACUUGGCGUUGCUGCUCUAGAGCUAUACCACAGCCCAAAUCAAAUGAACAACCAAAUAGAGUUGAGAUAUAUGAAAAGACUGUAGAGGUUUUAGCACCUGAAGUCAAUAAAUUGUUAAAUUUUAUGUAUUUUCAGAGAAAAGCCAUUGAAAGAUUCUCCCAAGAAGUAAAAAGACUGUGUCAUACUGAAAAAAGAAAAGAUUUUGUAUCAGAAGCAUAUUUACUAACUUUGGGGAAAUUUAUCAAUAUGUUUGCAGUACUAGAUGAACUAAAAAAUAUGAAAUCAAGUGUGAAGAAUGACUACUCAACAUACAGAAGAGCUGCCCAGUUUUUGAAAGUAAUGUCAGAUUCACAAACACUCCAAGAGUCUCAAAAUCUUUCCAUGUUCUUAGCAACUCAAAAUAAAAUUCGUGAUACAGUUAAAGAAAAUUUAGAAAAAAUUACGGGAUAUGAAGAACUGCUUGCAGAUGUUGUCAAUAUUUGUGUUCAUAUGUUUGAAACCAAGAUGUAUUUAACACCCAGCGAAAAGCACAUGUUAGUUAAAGUAAUGGGCUUUGGAUUGUUUUUAAUGGACAGUGAGCUCUGUAAUAUCAAUAAACUGGAUACUAAGAAAAAGUUAAGACUAGAUAAAAUUGAUCGUAUAUUUAAAAAUUUAGAAGUAGUUCCGUUGUUUGGAGACAUGCAAAUUGCACCUUUCAAUUAUAUAAAGAGAAGCAAACAUUUUGAUGCAAAUAAAUGGCCCUUAUCUAAUAGUACAACACCUUCACCUCAAGCCGAUCUAAUGGUUCAUCUUCCACAGAUCAGAGAGGAUCACGUUAAAUACAUAAGUGAAUUAUCUAGAUACAGCAAUGAAGUCACAACAACCUACAAAGAAUGUGGCAGUGAUACUGAAAAUAAGGAAACGGCAGAUUUGGCACUCAGAGGAUUACAGCUUUUAUCAGAAUGGUCGAGUGUAGUUACAGAGUUGUAUUCUUGGAAGUUAUUACAUCCAACCGACCAUCACCAGAAUAAGGAAUGCCCUAAAGAUGCAGAAGAAUAUGAGAGGGCGACUAGGUAUAAUUACACGGAUGAUGAGAAAUUUGCCUUAAUUGAAGUGAUAGCAAUGAUUAAAGGCCUACAAGUGUUAAUGGCUAGAAUGGAAACUGUAUUUACUGAUGCAAUAAGAAGAAACAUUUAUGCAGAGUUACAAGACUUUGUUCAGUUGUCAUUAAGAGAACCUCUAAGAAAAGCAAUAAAGAACAAGAAAGAUUUAAUUAGGAGCAUCAUCAUGUCUGUUCGAGAAACUUGUGCAGAUUGGUCUAAGCAUUUCGAUCCAAUCAAUGACCAUUUAUUAAAAGGUAGAAAGGACCCAGAGACUGGUUUUCAGAUAAAAGUUCCGAGAAGAAAUGUGGGACCAUCUUCUACCCAAUUAUAUAUGGUAAGAACAAUGUUAGAGUCAUUGAUUGCAGACAAAUCUGGCGGAAAGAGGACAUUACGUAAGGACAUCGAUGGACAAUAUCUAAUGCAAAUUGAUUCUUUCCACAAAACUUCCUUUUAUUGGAAUUACUUGUUAAGUUUUAGUGAGUAUUUGCAAAAGUGCUGUGAUUUAUCUCAAUUGUGGUAUAGGGAAUUUUAUUUGGAAAUGACUAUGGGAAAAAGAAUAAAUAAAUGCACCGUACGCCACAAUCAUAAUGAAGAGUGUAACGAUUUAAUUACAAUGGAAAAAAGAAUACAGUUCCCUAUUGAUAUGUCAAUGCCUUGGAUUCUUACAGAUCAUAUUUUAAAAACUAAGGAACCGUCUAUGAUGGAAUAUGUUUUGUAUCCCCUGGAUUUAUACAAUGAUAGUGCUUUGUAUGCUUUAACAAUCUUUAGAAAGCAGUUUUUAUAUGAUGAAGUGGAAGCUGAAGUAAAUUUGUGCUUCGAUCAGUUUGUUUUUAAGCUGAGUGAACAGAUUUUUGCGUAUUAUAAACAAUUAGCCGCAAGCAUAUUUCUUGAUAAACGAUUUCGUGUUGAAUGUUCGGCAGUUGGAGCUUAUUUACUUCCCUAUCCCAGAGCCAAUCGCUACGAGACACUUCUUAAACAAAGACAUGUGCAAUUAUUAGGUAGGUCGAUUGACUUAAAUAAGCUGAUUACCCAACGAAUCAAUGCCGAUAUGCAGAAAUCUUUAGACUUGGCAAUAAGUAAAUUUGAAGGUGGUGACAUUACAGGAGUCAUAGAACUGGAUGGAUUGCUACAGGUAAACCGACUGUGCCAUAAAUUAUUAAGUAAAUGGUUAGCUCUCGAUGAUUUCGAUUCAAUGUUUAGGGAAGCAAACCAUAAUGUCCUAGCUCCUUAUGGAAGAAUUACUCUGCACGUGUUUUGGGAACUGAAUUACGAUUUUCUGCCUAAUUAUGUCUAUAAUGCUGCAACUAAUAGAUUCACCAAAUACCGAGGGAUAUCUUUUGGAACCGCAGUCUCUAGAGACAGACCUCCACAAAUGUCUCACCAUUACCUUUGGGGUACCAAACAAUUAAAUUUAGCCUACACAACGCAAUACUCACAAUACUCAGGUUUUGUUGGUCCCCAGCACUUUCAUACAAUGUGCAGACUUCUCGGAUACCAAGGAAUCGCAGUAGUAAUGGAAGAACUUCUGAAAAUAGUUAAAAGUCUGAUCCAAGGAAGCCUUCUACAAUUUACAAAAACGCUUAUGGAAGCAAUGCCAAAAAUAUGUAAACUACCUAGAUAUGAUUAUGGAUCUCCUGGUGUUCUAGGCUACUAUCACGCACAACUUAAUGAUAUAGUGCAAUAUCCUGACGCACGUACUGAACUUUUCCAUAACUUCAGAGAAUUUGGAAAUAUUAUUUUGUUUUGUUUACUGAUGGAACAAGCAUUAUCCCAGGAAGAAGUAUGCGAUCUACUGCAAGCUGCACCUUUUCAAAAUAUUCUUCCUAGACCGUUCUGCAAAGAUGGUGAAAAACUCGAAGCUAAACAGAAACGCUUGGAAGCAAAAUACCAAGCUUUACAAAUAGUUCCCAACAUAGAAAAGCUAGGAACUGCCAAGCAAGCUAUGAUAUCAAAGGAAGGUGACUUGCUUACUAGGGAACGUCUUUGUUGUGGCUUAUCAAUAUUUGAAGUGGUUUUAAGUAGACUGAGAAGUUUUCUAGAUGAUCCUGUCUGGGUGGGUCCCCCUCCAACAAACGGAGUCAUGAACGUAGACGAAUGCACUGAAUUUCAUAGGCUGUGGUCUGCUCUCCAGUUUGUUUACUGCAUUCCAGUCAGUGAGAAUGAAUAUACAGUGGAGGAAUUGUUUGGCGAAGGUCUGCAUUGGGCUGGGUGUACAAUGAUUGUUCUUCUUGGACAACAAAGAAGAUUUGAAGCUUUAGAUUUUUGUUAUCACAUUUUAAGGGUACAAAGAGUUGACAUGAAAGAUGAAGUAGUGAAAGGAAUUAAUCUCAAGAGAAUGGUUGAUCGUAUACGACGAUUCCAGGUAUUAAACUCGCAAAUAUUUGCUAUUCUAAAUAAGUUCUUAAGAUCAGGAGAAAGCGAUGAGCUGUCAGUUGAACAUGUUCGAUGUUUUCCUCCACCUAUACAUCCGUCAAUCAAUCCCCAACAGCAUUACCAUGCACCAGAACAUCUCAGGCAGUAUUAAUUUUUAGGGCUAAGUCUAAAUGUUAUUUAUAUUUUGUUAUUUUGCUAUAAAUACACAUUAGUUGUAAUUCUGUAACUGAGGAAUGGACCAAUAAUAAAUUCAAUGUUGAACAGUUUUGAGGCCAUCCUAAUACAUUUUUAUACUUCAUUGUUUUUUUAUUAAAUAGAUAUUUAUGUAUAAAUGUUGUCUCCCAAAUUAUAUUAGCUCUUACCUACAUUAUUUGUAGGUAAUGUUUUCAUACUUUUAGCUAUGUUUUUCUUGGAUUUUGUCUUUGUCUUGUCUUUAAUUCUCUAUAACCAUUUUCGUCUAUCUGUCCUUUGGCAUUCCAAACCGUUGGUUACCUCGCU